AUGCCCACCACAACAAGCCCCCUCGCCACCCUCCUCACGCUCAGCCUCCUCGCCACCACCGCCCUCGCCCUCCCCGCAACCUCCAUCACCAAACGCUCCAACUCCGCCACAACCCACGGCGCCGCCGCCCCCGGCGUAACCUACUGUGACGUCUCCUUCGGCGACGCCUACUACAUCCACGUCGGCGAGCCCUGGGCGGGCGGCGCCGGCUGCGACAACAUCUACCACGCGCUGGUCGGCGACAACGACGACGAGAACUGGGCCACGGUUUCCGGGUGGAGCUGCCAGCCCGACGGCGCGCCGGAUGCGAAUGGCUGGCAGCCGACGUAUUUGGGGUUUAAUGCGGCGGCGGGGAAUCUGGGGACGCUGUCGUCCGAGUUGACCAGGGCGUUUGGGAAUCCGGAUGGGAGUGCGCCGGUUACGUUUCAUUGUUCGUAUUAG